AUUGUAAACUUGACGUUACCAGAUGGCACUCGUCAUGCUAGUCAGGUUUUGGAAAUUCAAGGCAAGAGAGCGAUUGUUCAGGUGUUUGAAGGCACAUCAGACCUGUUAGGUCGUAUUUUUAAUGGAUCCAGGAAAGCUAUUGAUAAAGAUCCAAAAAUGUAUUUGCAGAUGAUUUUAUAUAUCAAUGGGUCUCUAAUAAAUCCAUAUUCACGUAUCUACCCAGAAGAAAUAAUUCAGACUGAUCGCUGCGCAAAUGUGCUGCCAAGCUGGUCUUGUCAAAAAGUCGACAAGGGUGUGUUUGAUGAUCAUGAAGACAAUUUCCCUAUUUUAAUUGUGGCUGUGGGCGUGAAUAUGGAACUGCUCGUUUCUUUAAGCAAGAUUUUGAAAAGAAUGGAUCUAUGGAACGUGUCUCAUUAUUCUUCAAACUUGAUUAAUGAUCCAAC